GUUAUUACUUUCGGUGACAUCAUCAGGGCUAUAAAACCGCGGCCUCAUCAUCCUCUCCUCUUCAUCACUACCCCUCUCCGCCAUGAUUUCAUUCAAGCGCACUCUCAUCUGCUUUAUGGCCAUCAUGGUCCUUGCCAUCACGGCCCAGGCUGGCAAGGGACCCGUUAUCACCAACAAGGUCUACUUCGAUAUCGAGCAGGGUGGCAAACCACUUGGCCGCAUUGUCAUUGGCCUCUUCGGAAAGACUGUCCCUAAGACCAGCGAGAACUUCCUCGAGCUCGCCAAGGGCACCAAGGGAUUCGGUUACGCUGGUUCCUCCUUCCACCGUGUUAUCAAGCAAUUCAUGAUUCAAGGAGGCGACUUUACCAAUGGCGAUGGCACUGGAGGAAAGUCGAUCUACGGCGCCAAGUUUGCUGACGAGAAUUUCAAGCUUCGUCAUACCGGUCCCGGAAUCUUGAGCAUGGCUAACGCCGGCAAGGACACCAACGGAUCUCAGUUCUUCAUCACCACCGUCAAGACCUCGUGGUUGGAUGGACGCCAUGUUGUAUUCGGCACGGUGAUGGAGGGUAUGGAUAUUGUUACUGCGAUCGAGAACGCGCCCACGCUCCAUGGCGACCGCCCCAAGGAGGAUGUCAAGAUCGCCGCGUCGGGAGAAAUCGAGAUGGAUGCCGACAAGGUUGUCCACGCAGAAUUGUAAAGAUAGGAACAGCGAUCUUGCUAUUUAUUACGACCCUGAUACAAUAAAAAUUCCCGAGGUUUGGCGCGUAGAACUACAAAACAAGCAAAUUAAACCGCGUUCUGCGUACCUGAAAGUGGCUUUGUGUUGUCGUCUUUCUACCGGCGCGUCCACUUUCUUGGG